GCUGGACAAGCUUUCAAAAAGUUUCUACCGCUCUUUGACAGAGUAUUGGUUGAAAGGAGUGCCGCCGAAACUGUGACCAAAGGUGGCAUUAUGCUUCCAGAAAAGUCUCAAGGAAAAGUAUUGCAAGCAACAGUAGUGGCUGUGGGAUCAGGCUCGAAAGGAAAGGAUUUCUAUAAUUGGCCUGAUGAAUCAUUUGAUGAAAUGGACAGUACACUUGCUGUUCAGCAGUAUAUCCAGCAGAAUAUAAGGGCAGACUGCUCCAAUAUUGACAAAAUUCUUGAACCACCUGAAGGUCAAGAUGAAGGUGUAUGGAAGUAUGAACAUUUAAGGCAAUUCUGUCUUGAACUAAAUGGACUUGCUGUCAAACUUCAGAGCGAAUGCCAUCCAGAUACGUGUACUCAAAUGACAGCAACUGAACAAUGGAUUUUUCUUUGUGCAGCUCAUAAAACUCCAAAAGAGUGUCCUGCUAUAGACUAUACAAGACACACACUUGAUGGUGCUGCAUGUCUUCUGAAUAGCAAUAAAUAUUUUCCCAGCAGGGUUAGCAUAAAAGAAUCAUCUGUAGCAAAACUAGGAUCAGUGUGCCGUAGGAUUUAUAGAAUAUUUUCACAUGCCUAUUUUCAUCACCGGCAGAUAUUUGAUGAAUAUGAAAAUGAAACAUUUUUAUGUCAUCGGUUUACUAAAUUUGUGAUGAAAUAUAAUUUGAUGUCGAAGGAUAACCUGAUUGUACCAAUAUUAGAAGAGGAAGUUCAGAAUUCAGUUUCUGGAGAAAGUGAAGCAUGAAGGGAAUCAUGUCGAACAGUGUACUGAUUGCAUAAUUAACAAUUAUGUACUGUAUAUAUAUCAUUUUAGACACAUCAAUCAUGUAUCCAUAUUAUAGCUUAUUUGUUUAGUAUAGGUUUUUGUAUGCUAUGUGUUGCCUUUUAAAAUGGGAAAUACAUUUUAAGUUAUUCAUGAGCUGUAUAUUCACUGGUGUGGCACUCAUGGUUUUUAAAUAAGUUUAGUAUUAUCUGUUUAUAAUGCCUGUUAAUAAAAGAAUUUACAGUUUGGUAAAAUUGCUGCUAAACAAUCAUUGGAUCACAAUCCUUUCAAAUCUAUAAGAGUGAGCUUGGGUUUCACACAAGCUAUUUACUAAAGAGAUGAUAAUCUUUAGUUUUACCCCCUAAGUUUUGAUAUUUUAGAAAAUUCAGUAGUAUUCCAUCUGUACUUUUAACUUUUCCAAAAAGAGAUAAAAGUGUUUAAAAGGUCUGUUUAUAGUUUUUGUAUGCAUAACCAAUUAUGUAUAUGUUCAGAGAAAUGCAAUGAGGCGUAGUAAUACUUAAAUAAUCUCACUCUGCUACAUAGAGUGUCUUCUAGGUCAGUGUACUUGGAAACAGUAUCUUUUUUGUGACAGUGGAUUAUUAAAUACCUGGUGAUGAUGAUAAAGGCACAUACAUGAUGUUCUCAUGAACACCUGCCCCUUCUUGUUUCCCUUAGUUCUCUCCCCAAACUACAUUAGUCAAGAAAUUUAUUUACCAAGCUAUGGUUAGUGGUGGCUUCUCCCUGUUUAUAUUUGUAUUAAUUGCUUACAGAGCAUACCUCAUACUUGCAGUGACAUUACACUACAGGAAGUCUGUACUGCAUAGGCUCCUGCCUACCUUUGUUUUGGGAAAUUGUUGUAACUACUUAGAAAAUAGUCCUUAAUAUAGUUUGGUUCUUCCUGUUAGUAAUAUUAAUCUUUUUAUCUAAUUCUAGGCAGCAUUAAAUACAUAUGGAAAAGAUAGUGUAUUUAUUUUAUUCUCCCUCCCAGAAGCUUAUUGUUUGAAUUAUAUGCACAUAUAAGAUUAUUUACAGUAAUUCACAGGUUCCGGUGGUGUUGAUGAGUGGUCAUACUUUUUUUUUAUUUCUCCAGUCUUAAAAAUUUAAGUGCAGAUUUAGAACAUAUUUGGUGAAGUUCCCCUAACAUGCUUGGGUCUCAGUGCCACACUGUAAUGAGGCAGUAAGAUAGGAUGGGACUGUGUCUAUAGUUGGGACAGUUGAAGCCAUCCAUCUGUACUGAUUUAACAAACACAAGGAACUUCUUUUUAUUUAUGAGUUAUUUUCAAGUGAAGAUGAAAAAUGCAUUUAUCUUGUUUGUUUUUCUAAUUAUUUGAAGAGAUGAUUUGUAUUGAGACAGGUAUGUAUAGAAGAGCGUGGGAAAUGACAGUGUACCGAGAGUGUGUGCAUAGUUAGUUGAUGCCUGUCCGAGCCUGCCCUGUGCCUGCGGUCAAGGACAUCACUGUACCAUAGCCGAAACUACCUUUUAAGAAGUUUUAUGUUCACAAUGAACAGAGCAUUAACUGAAAUUAGGUGUUUAUAUUACUGUUGCCAUAACCACUGGGGUUAGUAAUUUUUAAAUUAACUUGGGCAAAUAUCUGAGGGACUAACCUAAGUUCAUAAAUCAUACGUAGCAAUGUUGCUGUUCUCUAGUUGGAGUCUCACAGUGGAUUUCUGUCACUUGACUAUUUCUCAGUGAACAUUUAAGGUAGUGGCUGAGUUACAGAUCUGACUGAGUAAUUGGAACACUUUGUGAAUAUAUGGUUUAGUGUUAACAGGAAAUAAAGGAUUUUUUUCUCCUACUCA